AUGUUCUCCCGCGCAUUCGUCAGCAUUACCACCCUCGCUAUCGCGUACGCGAAAGCAACCACCCGCACCAUGCAGGUGCACGACGUGCGCUCGACCGCUCCGACCACGUUCACGAGUCUCGGCGCCGCGCCCGCGGACAUGGUGCUCACUGUCAAGGUCCAGGUCGCCCAGAACGAUAUUGCCGGGCUCGAGAAGGCACUCAUGGACGUCUCCACGCCCGGCAACGCGCUCUAUGGCCAGCACCUCAGCAAGGAGGAGCUCGAGAGCUACACCGCACCCAAGGCGGAGUCACUUGACGCCGUGACAGCGUGGCUGAAAGAGAACGACAUCGAGGCGUCCAGCGCGUCCCCCGCAGGCGACUGGCUUAGCUUCGACGUGCCAGUCAGCAAAGCGAACGAGAUCUUCGACGCCGACUAUACCGUCUUCAAGCACACCGGCGGCCGGGAGCUCAUCCGCACGCUCUCGUAUUCCGUCCCGGAGGACCUCGCCGCACACAUCGACGUCAUCCACCCGAGCAAUACCUUCGCGAUCGCCUCGCCCGCGGCAGCUUUUAAGGCUAUUCAGGCGCAGCCCUCGGCGUCCAACGGCAACCUCACCUCGCGCGGGGUCCCCUACUCGUGCGCGUCGACCGUCACCCCCGCCUGUCUCCAGGCCAUGUACGGCAUCCCGACUACGGCCAUUGGCGAGAAGACUAACGUCCUCGCUGUGAGCGGGUUUAUCGACAUGUGGGCCAACGAGGCGGAUCUCAAGUCCUUCCUCUCGACAUUCCGCAAGGAUCUCUCCUCUUCGACAACCUUCGCUCUCCAGACCCUCGACGGCGGCAGCAACCCGCAGACGCCGCGGAGCAGCGCCGGGACUGAGGCCAACCUCGACAUCCAGUACACCGUUGGUCUCGCGUCCCCCGUCCCAGUGACGUUCGUAUCCGUUGGCGAGGACAACAGCGACGGCACCUUCGGGAGCCUCGACAUGAUCAACUAUUUCCUCAACAUGUCCACAACCCCGACCGUCCUUUCGAUCUCGUACGGUGUCGACGAGACCGACCUGAGCCCAUCGAUGGCGAAGUCGAUCUGCAACGCUUACAUGGCUCUCGGCGCGCGUGGAACUUCCAUCCUCUUCGCAUCCGGCGACGGCGGUGUCGCCGGUGGGCAGUUCGGCGAGCAGUCCCAGAACUGCACGGUCUUCGUCCCCUCGUUCCCCCCCAGCUGCCCCUACGUCACCUCCGUCGGCGCGACGACCGGCAUCGUCGAGACCGCGGCGGACUUCUCCUCCGGCGGCUUUUCGAACGUCUUCGGCCGCCCCUCGUACCAGUCCUCGGCCGUGUCCUCCUACCUCUCCGCGCUGGGCUCGACGAACACGGGCAGGUUCAACACCACCGGCCGCGGGUUCCCCGACGUCUCCACGCAGGGCGUGAACUUCGAGAUCGUGCUGGACGCCCGGCGCGUCCUCGUCAACGGCACCUCGUGCUCGACCCCGACCUUCGCGUCCGUGGUCGCGCUCCUCAACGACGAGCUCAUCGCCGCCGGCAAGAGCCCGCUCGGCUUCCUCAACCCGUUCCUGUACUCCACCGCCGGCGCGGCCGCGCUCACGGACGUCACCUCGGGCUCGAACCCCGGCUGCGGCACGGACGGCUUCCCGGCCACGGUUGGCUGGGACCCCGUCACCGGCCUCGGUACCCCCAACUACGCCGCACUCCGCACCGCGGUUGGACUCUGA